CUUCAUUCUCGGCUGUGUGACCAUGAAAUGGGUGAUAUCUAGUUCUCAGGUGGGCAUGCCACUGGCACAUUUGAAAUGGUCUAGUCUCCUCGUGACGACACUGUUAGUUCUUGCAUUACUACUGGAGGACGUUAAGGGAGAAACUUUCACACUAGGCUACAUUACAGGCUCAAAGAGACGUCCAAACGACUUUGAGUAUCAACGUCCAGGAUACCGGAUUUCCGGCGCAAUCACCUUAGCUGUAGAGGAGGUAAACGCAGGAGAGUUGGGUAGGCAAGGACACAAACUUGAAUUUUUGAUCGCCGAAACCUACGGAGAGGAAGAAACAAGCAUUUUGAUGACCGCCGAUCUGUGGACGAAAAACAUCAGUGCUUAUAUUGGACCACAGGAAACCUGCGUUCACGAGGGUAGAAUGGCAGCAGCUUUCAAUUUACCGAUGAUAUCUUAUUUUUGCACCCACCGAGAAACUUCUGACAAGAAAGAAUUCCCAACCUUUGCUCGAACACGACCUCCUGAUACCCAAAUAUCAAAAUCCGUCGUUUCUGUGCUAACCGCAUUCAACUGGACGAAGGUCACCUUUUUGUACAUGAAUUCAAGCUUGUUCGAGUUCAACAAAAUGUCAACCGUCGCGAGCACAAUUUUGUCAUCAUUUGCAGUCGCAGGCAUUACAGUAAACCAUCUACGAUCCUGGGAGGAGCCCUAUCACGUCACUCACAUGAAGAAUCCUUUUCACAAGCUUGUCAGCGAGACAUACCGUGAAACACGAAUAUACGUGAUAUUAGGAAAUUAUUACGAACACAUGGGAUUGUUAACAGCUCUAGACGAGAAAAAGCUCCUGGAAAAAGGUGAAUACUGGGUGGUUGGAGUGGACAUAGAACAAUACGAAGUGCAAGAACCGGACAAAUAUUUAAGAGGAUUGUGGCAAAAACACACGGACUCGAAAGUGUUGAAAACCUUUCGAAACUAUUUCAGUAUUGUCGCUUCACCUCCUGUCAGCUAUGAAAAUUUCACGGCACUAAUUAAUGAAUACAGGAAGAAACCGCCAUUCAAUUUCAGCAAUCCAAUCGACAAUCUCGGUGGAGUUGUUCAGAUUGUACCAGAAACGGCUUAUUUGUACGACGCAGUUCACCUUUACGAAAAAACCUUGCUAAGAGCUUUAAAGGAAAACAAAGACCCUCUAAAUGGCAGAGAGAUGAUUGCUGCCCUGCAUGGUGUUCAUUACGAGAGUGCUAUGGGGUACAUGGUGUAUAUGGAUGAGAAUGGCGAUGCUGAGGGUAAUUACACUCUAAUCGCUCUAGACAAUCGAUCCCCGAAAGGACCUGGUCUUUACCCGAUCGCGCAUUUCAUAGGAAAAGAAGAAAAGACAAACUUGCCUAAAUUACAUUUUAUCAGAGCAAUAACGUGGCUGGGAAGCGGACCACCAGUGGCAGAACCAUACUGUGGAUAUCACGGGGAAAAGUGCAAUUCACAUACCGCUGAAAUAGUUGGAGGAAUAGCUGGUGGAUUAUUGCUGGUUUUAUUAGCAAUAUUGUCAAUCUUGUAUAGAAACUGGAGGUAUGAACAGGAGCUUGAUUCUCUUCUUUGGAAAGUGAAUUACAAAGAUAUCCAGCUCAAGGAAUCGAAAGAUGUCACUUCUAAUAAUGAUCAAAUUGUGAAAAAUAAUUCAAAGGCUCAACCUUUCGUGAGAACGAGUCAGGUUUCGCUAAGCUCGAAUCCAGAUGCUGACUUUCGUUAUUCAAUGAUUUACACACAAGUAGGCAUUUAUAAAGGUCGAAUUUUCGCUGUGAAGAAAGUGAGGAAAAAAUCAAUAGAGAUUACCAGAGAGAUGAAAAAAGAGCUCAAAGUGAUGCGAGAUUUACGUCAUGAUAAUUUGAAUGCUUUCAUCGGUGCAUGUACUGAUCCUCCGAAUAUUUGCAUCGUCGUUGAAUAUUGUGCACGUGGAAGCUUAAAGGAUAUUCUAGAAAAUGAGGAUAUUAAGCUUGACAAUAUGUUCAUGGCUUCUUUAGUGGGAGACAUUGUUAGGGGAAUGAUUUAUUUACACGAGUCGGUGGUCAAAUUUCAUGGAUCUCUUAGUACGUCAAAUUGUCUAGUAGAUUCACGAUGGGUGGUGAAGUUAACUGAUUUUGGACUUCAUGAAUUCAAACGUGACGCAGAGUGUGAUCCGGAAGAUGUAAUGAAAAAAUAUCAAGGAUUAUUGUAUCGAGCACCGGAAUUAAUUCGAGUAACAAGAAUAUGUGAACCCACAGCAAGAAAUUGGCAAAAGGGAGAUGUUUAUUCGUUUGCUAUAGUACUUUAUGAAUUACAAGGACGACAUGGACCUUUUGGAAUUACGAACCUAACACCUCCGGAAAUUCUCAAAAGAAUUAUCGCACGAGAAGCAGAGUCGGCUCCUUACAGACCACCCUUGGAUCAACUGGAAAAUAGCUUUGAUUUUAUUAGGGAUUGCCUUAUAGAAUGUUGGUCGGAGGACCCAGAAGUGCGUCCUGAUUUCAAAAUUAUAAGGAAUAAAUUACGACCGUUGCGAAAAGGAAUGAAGCCCAAUAUUUUCGAUAAUAUGAUGGCAAUGAUGGAGAAAUAUGCGAAUAAUCUCGAGGCAUUAGUUGACGAGCGAACUGAUCAACUAACAGAAGAGAAAAAAAAGACAGAUGCAUUAUUAUACGAGAUGCUGCCGAGAUAUGUUGUUGAGCAAUUGAAACGCGGCAAUAAAGUUGAAGCUGAGGGUUUCGAUUGCGUCACUAUUUACUUCAGCGACAUCGUUGGUUUUACUUCAAUGUCCGCUGAAAGUACACCAUUACAGGUAGUCGACUUCCUGAAUGAUUUAUAUACAUGUUUCGACUCGACGAUUGAGAAUUACGAUGUUUAUAAAGUAGAGACUAUUGGCGAUGCUUACAUGGUGGUGAGUGGAUUGCCAAUUCGAAAUGGAAUUCAGCACGCAAGUGAAAUAGCUAGCAUGUCCUUGCGUCUCCUGAAUGCAGUUAAACAAUUCACCAUUCGUCACAGACCGCUAGACAAAUUGCAAUUACGCAUUGGAAUACAUUCUGGUCCAGUCUGUGCUGGAGUUGUUGGUUUGAAAAUGCCGCGUUAUUGCCUUUUUGGCGAUACUGUAAACACAGCAAGCAGAUUGGAAUCCAGUGGAUCACCACUAAAAAUUCACUGCAGCCUAGAAACAAAGGUUCUGCUGGACCAACAGGGUGGCUUCAACCUCGUGGAACGAGGAUUGGUUUCCAUGAAAGGAAAAGGAGACAGAGUGACCUACUGGCUGAUAGGGGAAGAUCCAGUCAUGCGAGAAAUCCGCUCCAACGAAAGAAAUUCCCGACGUACCGGAAGCUGUUCUAUUACGAAAAAAGCUGUAACCAUGGACCCCCUCGUACCUCGAAGUUCGCUAAAAAAUAAAUCGCUCACAAGGACUACUUUCCUACGAUGUUCGAGUGAAUCACCCAAACGUCUCAGAUUCGCCAGUUCAGAUCAACUUGAUCAAAAAAGUAUCCGAAACGGUAGCCAGCUCGAAGCUAUAGCCGAUAACAGUCCCUGUAAAGGAAAAGUCACUUGUCCUGGAAGACCUUCGCAUAUUGAGAGCAUGAUUUCCAGUAAUUCAUGUCCUUGUGUUGAACAGCUUUGUGACCCGGAAUCAUUUCCGGUAAAUAUGGAAAAUUUAGGAAAGAAAAAAAUGUUUGAUGAUGCGUUAGUCAAUAGUGCACCAAUGCUGAGAAAUGACGCUGAUUUUAAAAAUAAUGAAGAUUCAAGCUAUACUAGUUUAGGGAGUAAAGGAUUUUGGUUAGGGGCGAGUGAUUAUCUUAUAAGUGCUUGCAAAUCUGCUCCAAGCAGUCCGAAACAUAGUUCUGCAUUUUUAAAUGCACAACAAAAGAGAGGAGCUCGAUCUACUGAUGAAAUAGAUAUUUGGGAUGUUGCCCCCCUUAUUUAGAAAUGAAAUCGUUUUUGGUACAUUACGACUUAAAAGUAACGUCUUACAAUUGCCAUUUUCUAUAAGCAAAUGAAGCGUGCCCAUUACAAGUGGUUCAAAAAUAAAAAAAUUGUGGAAUUCGAAAUCGCUACAACACGAAAAAGUAGCUAUUCUGAUCCUAAAAAAGAAUACUUAUUUUGGAAUCGAUAGAUAUGUAGCUCGGUUAUCCAUGCUCGAAAAAAAAUGUUUAAAAAAUGUAUUGUUUGCAGAUUUCUUUAAUUUUGUUAAGUGCUAAUAAUUUUGCAUUACUAGAGAUAAAAAAAGGCUUUCUAAAAUUUUGCAAAUUUAAUCAAUUAUUUUCUAAGCAAUCAUUUAUAUUUAAUUUACUUGUAUUUCUGAGAAAAAAAUUCUUAAAACCAGUGUAAGUAGGAGAAGAAACUCGCCAAGAACGCGGGAUCGAAAUUGGAAAUACAACAAAUUUGUAAAAUUUUGAUUUUGGUAUUUGAUGAGUUUAUCUUUAUAACUGGUAGUUUAAAAUUUUCUAAGCAUGUGUGGGUUUUCAAGCACAAAAAUCCUCUAGAAAAAACUCGAUAAGACCUAAAAAUCAAAAUAGGAAGCAGUUGGAAUCAAAGCAUAUUUUGAAAAUCUUGCAUUUAAUAGAAUUUUUCUAACGCAUUUGUAUGCUAGAUUUUCCAUCAGAAAAUUGUUCAGCCACAGUUCAUGAAGAUAAUUUUAAUUAAUUGCAAAAUAUGAAUUUUAAAAAUUCGCUGUAUUUUAAAAUUUGACACCAGGGUCUUUUAGGUUUUUUCUAGUAUAUGUCUAUGUUAAAAAAAUUCUAUGCAAGAUGAAAAAAUUUGUAAACAACAAGUUAUAAAAUUACGUCAAAUUCUAUUAAAUAACCAGAAUCGAAAAUUUUAAAAUUCGCUGUAUUUCCAAAUUCGAUUCCUGGGUCUUAGCUAUUUUUUCCUAACGCAUUUUUGUUUUAGAUACUUUUUAAGUAACCGAAAAAAUUAUUUUGUUGUUUACACGGGCGUUAAGAAUUUUUAUACGAAAACUGGGGUGAAUGAAAUAGGAAUUAUCUCUUGGAAAAUAAAAUUUUGAAAAACUUGUUUCACUGUCAUGAAUGUAAAGAUAAAUUGCAACUCGACAAAAUUUCAAAAUUCUACAAACAAGAAAUUUAAAAAAAAUCUUGAGUUCGAGUAAUCAAGUAACAUAUAAAUUAAUUCUAACUUAAUUAUACUUUUUUACGAUUCAAAUACGUUACUUUUUUACGUUCUAGCAAUUUUAAAUUACAGAGUUCUUUAUUUUUGACCCACCUUAUUAACCAUUACCUUAUUUUUUUUUAAAUAAGGUACGUUUAAGUGACAUUCAACUAGAAUUCAAUUGAACUGCAUAGACUACAAAGUAAAUUCCACUAUUGCUUAGCCAAAUUGAUAAAAAUUUAGGUGAAUUCAAGAAGAUUCUUUAGUGAAUGACAAGAUUUGAUCAGCUUAAUUGAAAAAUAAAUUCAAGUGUAUUCUAGUACAAUUGAAAAUCAAUUCGGCAGAGUUCCAGUAAAUUAAAUUGAAUUCCAUUAGAUUUCAGUGAACUCUAUUCAAUUAUAUUGAUCCAACUUCCAAAUCUUACUCUAUAAAGUGAAUUCUAAAAUUUACUCAUGAUUUAAAUUCUACUCAUCCCGAAAGUAAAUAUGAUGACGACAGGAAGAGAGUCCAUUCAAGAAAUAAAUGUCAAAUACUAAACAUAAGAAAUAGAUAAUUAUAAGUUACUUGUAUUACUUAAAGCAAUUUUAGGAUCAAAAUUGAACGAUUGAACGAACUUACCUGUAGUGAGGUUCAUUCGUAAUUGUGUGAGCCGCCUCGUCCUAAUAGAUCACAAUAUAUGGUAACGCAGUUACUGCUCGUUUCGGCACAAUUAUUUUAAAUUUGAAUUUGAAUUUUAUGAUCGCCAUGCUUAUACGCUAGAUGGCAUCAUAGUCCGUCUUUCCUAGACUCUCCAUUAUAUUUUAAAGCAGGUUUAAAUCGCAACGCUUCGAAAAUCUAAAAAAAAUUUUAACUUUUUUAUGUAUAUUAGGGUGUCAAUUGAAGUUUGAAAUUUUAUUGGGUACGUGUGAUCUAUUAGGACGAGGCAGCCUACAGAAUUACGAAUGAACUUCAUUAUAGGUCAGUUCGUUCAAUCGUUCAAUUGUACUUCGCUGCCUAGUCCUCUAGAUCACAUUAUGUAGAUGUUUAAAUCCGAAGGUCGUUAUGAUUUUUAUAUAAAAUCUCAGAUUUUAAUAUUAUACCGGAGUUAAGUCAUUAUUAUAGACUAAAUGUUAUCCGCUACCUAAAAGAACUACAGAAGCAGAAUCAUUUCCUUGGGAAAUGGGACAAUUAUAAAAUCGACCAAAAACUGUCGAAUUUGUGGACCAGCCGGUUGCUUGUCAAAUUACCGCGAUGGUAGUUCCUCUAGGAGCUGCGGCAGAUGUGGACGCAUGUCUUGUACUAUGGGCCUGAAAUAUGUUCGUGUCGAUACCGCUUUUCUCCAUGCUUUCCUUGAUCCAAUGGCUUAUGGACUGUGAGGUUGCCCCGUGAUAAGGUUUGUGUUACGAUCUGUGGUUUUUAUUCUGUCUGGUAUUCUAAUUUAUAUUAAUUUUUUCGUUGUGUAUAUAUUAUUUAGUUUUAUUUUCGCCAAUGUUUGAGCGCGCAGAGUCGUUACUAAUGCCAGUGGAGUGGCUAAUUUUUUAGUGAGUCUUUCCAGAGGAAGGUUUUCAUUCGGGUUUGAUUUUGAAAAUAGCCCCAGAACUGGAUCCGGGUCCCAUGUAGUUCAAUACCUGGGCUUUUGUGGCUUCAAAAGUGCAACUCCUUUGAAGAAACUCGAUUCUUUCCCAAGUUCAUUUUCCGUCAGAAGGGACAAUGCUGCUCUAUACAGACAGAAUUCCUACCAUGAUUGUAUAGCUUUGCCAUAUUGUUUUAGUGAUCCUUCGAAGAUGAAUGUCAGCAUUAUCGUUGCAGCCUCGUCUGCUGCUCCUCUUGCUCUGAAAACCUGUCUGAUAAUCGUCCAGCUAACAGGGAAAGUGCUGCCCUCGGCGGGUGUGUAUUUCUGUAAGAACAUGUCGAAGUCUAUAAUUAGGUCUAAAUAUUAUGGGCUCUCUUACCAUAAAAGAGAUAAAAAUCGGAUAUCAGAGUUGGGUUGGCCAUAGUGGCGCAACCACAAUUCCCUCCGCUUUAUCUACUUAAACUUUUCCUAAGACUCUUAGUAAUGUGAAAACGGUGGGAGAGCGUAGAAAAAUGACUGGACCAAUUCAUUGAGACAUCACUGCUUCUUUGAAGGUAUUCUUUUUCAUCCGGUCAAGUCGAGGAUCUACUUUAUCAACAGCCUAGUCAGUUUUCUUAUCGCCCUCUUUGUUACGUUUUUGAUUUUUACCGACUAAGUUCUCUCUAUCGGAACUCGAUUUGCUUUUCGAGCUGCAAUUCUUUUGAUGGACUCUCCUCUAAGGUGUGACGUUUCUCGCAGAAGACGCGCAUCACCUUUUUCGCUAGGGGGUCUAGAUUUAGAACUUGAACGAUGGCGUGACGUGCUUCUCGAGCGACGCGCACCGCUACUCGUCUUUUUUCCUCCGGGGUGUGACUUUUCUCUUGAAUAACGCGCAUCACCCUUUUUUCGAGAAGAUUUGAGCAAAUUGGAGAUCCUGACGAUGAGCUGGAUGAUGGGGCGAAGAACUGGACGAUGUCGAACAUGAACGCUUCCUGCGUCCCUUGGCACGUUUAACUUCCUCUUCUAGUUUUCGCAGCUUUUUCGGGAUUCUUUCUACUUUUGUAUGCUUCCUCUUCUUUCCUCGGUAACUUUCAUCUUUAUUUGAUGGAGUCAUAUUCCAAAAAACGACUAGAAACACUUUUUUUCAAUUUUUGCCUUAGCGUUCGAUGUAACUCGGAACGCUCAGAAUUACAUAAUGGAGAGUCUAGGGAAGACGGACUAUGGUGCCAACUAGCGUAUAAUCAUAGCGGGCAAAAAAUUUGAAUUCAAAUUUAAAAUAACUGUGCCGGAACAAACAGUAACUGCGUUACUAUAUUAUAUGUUCUAGAAGAUGAGGCAGCGGAGUAUAAUUACUUCGUAGCUUUUACUUUAUAUGCUUCCAAAAUGUUUCCAUAGUUGCAUAACUAUUUCUUAUCAUUUCAAAUUAUAUUUACGAUUUUCUUUGAGCAAUUAUUAUUUAUAUUCAGUUUUCGUAAUGUAUCACAUCUAUCUUCUUCCAAGGUGAACAUAGAAAUCUGAAACAAAAAAAUACAAAAAUAUUAGGUUCUGGAUCAUUAAAAAAAAAUCAUGAUAAUUAUUGAUAAAAAAAAGGUUUAAAAUUUCCUAUAGAGAAUAGUAAAGGCAAUAAAAUAGAUUUAACAUUUUUUAAGAGAGAACAUAGCUAUACAGGCUCUGCUGAAAACCUUCUAAAAAUGUUGUUCAUUAAAGAGAAAUUUUUAUUUAUGAAAAGAUAUACGUAAAGUAAUACUAAAAAUCUCCAGUUUACGUAACAGUAUUUUUUACACAAUAGUAUUUUUAAGAGCAUCAGUGUACAUUAUAGACAAUCAAGAAGGCUCGUGCUUUUAUGAUAUACGUAAACUUCAGUAUAGAAACUACUUGUGAAAAGUCCCAUCGCAGAAAAAACCUUCAAAAUCAAAAGAAAACAUACUUUUAUAAAAUUCUUAUAAGACUUUCUUCACCGGGACGAUCAGAGUGAGUUUGUUACUUUUAAUUUAUUGAAGGGAGUCUAGUCCAAAAUUAUCACGCGAUUCCCAGUGUGAGUCGAUUUAGAAUAUGAUAAUUAUUGUUAAGCAUUAUUAUAAUGAUUAUAGAAAUUAGCAUACUAAAUUAGUUUUAGAAAGUAUUAUUAUCGUAAUUAUUUUAUAACUUUACUAAAUUAUGAUCAAAAUAUGAAGUUUAAUAUUUUACAUAGGAUAUU